AUUCCUGCCUGCUGGUCCGGGUGUGGCAGGGGCAUCAACUGGAUUGUAGCUUGUUUAGGAGUUCCCCGAGGGCCCCUGGAGGUUCCCGCAGGGGCUCAGCCUCCCAGGGGCCCCGUGUGACUUUCCGCCUAGCCACCUGAGGUCCUGUUUGUCCAUCUGCCUGGUGUCUUCUCAGAUUUUGCACCUAAAUGGAUUAAUCUAUUGAUGCUUUCCAUAUACAUUACCAGGCAUGGCACCCCAGGCGUACCAACUCCAGAUAGAAGACAUACUAAUACCCCUCAAAAGACUUGUAAAAAAAAAAAAGAUGAGGAACCAAAGGAAACAACUUCAAAGGAAGGAAUCAGCCAUGACACGCCAGCCAUUUCACGCCAGGCACAGCUCAUCAGCCACACCAGGCCAGGCACAGCGUCCCAGGCACAGCUCAUCAGCCACACCAGGCCAGGCACAGCAUCCCAGGCACAGCUCAUCAGCCACACCAGGCCAGGCACAGCAUCCCAGGCACAGCUCAUCAGCCACACCAGGCCAGGCACAGCGUCCCAGGCACAGCUCAUCAGCCACACCAGGCCAGGCACAGCGUCCCAGGCACAGCUCUUCAGCCACACCAGGCCAGGCACAGCGUCCCAGGCACAGCUCAUCAGCCAAACCAGGCCAGGCACAGCGUCCCAGGCACAGCUCAUCAGCCAAACCAGGCCAGGUACAGCGUCCCAGGCACAGCUCAUCAGCCACACCAGGCCAGGCACAGCACAGUAGGCACACCAAGCAAGGCAAACCAUACCAGGCACAGCAUGCCAGGCAAACCAAGCCAGGCACAGCACACCAGGGACACCAUACCAAGCAAACCACACCGGGCACACCACGCCAGACACACCAUGCUAGACACUCUAUGCCAGGCACAGCACGCCAGGCACAGCACACCAGGCACAGCACCUCAGGCACAGUACAGCAGGCAAACCAAGCCAGGCACAGCAAGCCGGACACACCAUACAAGCCACACCAUGCCAGGCACAGCACACCAGGCAUGCCACGCAAGGCACACGACACCAAACACAAUUCAUCAGGCACAACACACCCGCCACAGCACACCCAGCAGAACACAGCAGGCUCAAUGCAGAUGGCACGGCGCACCAGACUCAGCAAGUCAGGUCCACGGAUAGUCUAUACUUGCUUUAAGGUAGUAGCAGUCUGCUCUGCUUGGGAAAAGCCAUCCUGAGGGUUAUUACUCCCAUCUUCCUGCCUACAAGCCUGAGUCUUUGUUAACUGAGGAUCUACUGUAUACAAAGGUCUGGGGUGCAAGAUGGAGCCAGGUCAGCUCCAGAAGGACCAGAUACUAAUCUGUUUAAAAAAAAAAAAAGAAAAAAGAAAAAAGAACAAAACAAAACAACUUCAGCUGCAAAGCAAAGAAGGGGACCCAAUCCUGGAUCUUCUAAGAUGGCAUAUCUGAAAGAGACGGUUGAAUGAAAGACCUGGAGGCUGAGAUGAGAAGGAUUUGACUAGGACUGGGAAUUGAACCUGGGUCUCAAGACAUGCCAGGCAAACACUCUAAUGGCUGAGCCCUACACUGCGGAAUUGGGAGCCAGCUGGCUAUACUACUGAAGGCGACCUCAGGUGAAAAGACAAAAAUCAAUGAAGAAACAAAGGCAGACACACCUACAACCGGGAAAAUAUAACCCCUGUCUUACAGAUCCAACCUACAGGCACAUAGGUCCUGCAGAAGUUCCCUCAGCAGGCAGCAGGGACCCCAAUCUUGGCCUGCUUCUUCAGCAGCUUGGCAAAGCCCAGCCAUGUUGGCUCUGGUGACCUUUCCUGGAUCGCUGGCAGAGAGAGGUCAAGCGAGGCUUCUGUGGGAGGCCUACUGAAGACCUUGAGGGAGCCACAGUAAACAUUGCAACUGUGUUUGAUGAAGAACUUGGCUUUGGAGCCAGCCAGCAGGAAGAGCUCAAACUGGUACUGGCGUGGCAAGAGCAGGAAGGCCCGAGGCCACAGCUUGGCUGCAGGGCCUGGUCAUCCUGAUGACUGCACACUGGCAUUCCUUAGGAAGAGGAGAAACUUGAGGCAAUCUUUUGGCACAGGGCACACUGGAACCUGCCUCUAAUACCAGAUGUUGAGGGACCUCAACUCAAGCUAAACAGGGAUCUGUGGCUUUGAUGCAGAAAUGAAUUUCAAGGUGAGCCAGCAUGAAGCAAAAAUCAGAGACGAAACAGACAGACAACAACAACGACACCAGGGUCUCACCAUGUGUUAGUCCUGGUUAGCCUGGAACUUGCUAGAUAAAGCAAGCUGCCUUGAACCACAGACAUAAAUACCCAUUCCUGUGUCUCCAGUGCACCAAGAUUAAAGGCCCACGGAAGCCAGAAGAGGAUGUCAGAUCCCCUGGAGCUGUGAGACGCCCAUUAUGGGUGUUGGCAACCUAGUCCUCUGGAAGAACAGUACAUAGACAAGGAAACGCAGUCGGGACUCGGAAGACACCUAUGCUUCAGGACACAGAAGAGACACCUAUGCUUCAUGCUCACUGUGGCUGUUUACAUAAUAGCUAGGGUGUGAAGACUACAAGUGAAUGGAUAAAGAAACCCAAGGCAUGGUGGUGAACACCUGUUAUCUCGGCACUAGGAGAUGGUAGUAGAAGCAGGAAGAAAGCAGGGAGUUCAAGGCUGGGCUAGCCUUGGCUACACAGUGAAUCCCAGUCUAGCCUGAGCUACAUGAGACUCCACCUUAAAAAAAACAAACUAGCAAAAAGAGAGAGGAAGAAGAGGAAGAGGAGAAAGGAGAGGAGGAAGAGGAGGAAGAGUUAAAAUACACACUGUGGAGUACUAAUCAGAUAAAAGUCCGUCAAUUUCAACAACACGGAUGGUGCUAGAGGACAUCAGGGGAAUAAAGGGAAAUGAGUGAUUUCACC